CCGAACCAACUCGUGCCGGAAAUGCUGCGCAAUGGGCUUUUCGGGAAAGGAGGCGUUCUUAGAGUCUUCUUUGAAAAGAAGACGUGAUUUGAAAAAUCCAAACAAAUAGAGACCUUUUCCGAAAAUUCACCAUUCAUCGAGUGCUUAUAAGCAAAUCUUCAAAUCCGGACAGAGAAAGCCCAAAGUAAUAUUUGUUUCGGCAAAUCGCCAAUAGAUAAAAGCCAAAACCAGCUCACAUAUCCCUAAUCUUGCCCGGCCUUUUCCGACCGCUCUCUGCGUUGGGCCACCGUCAUCGGCGCCUCGCCGGACCUCAGCUUCUCCGUUGUGAGGGCUCCCCGCCUGUUUCGACCUCCGCGGCAGCGGGCCCGACUCGAACUGGUCCUUCGGUCAUCGGCGAGGAGCACAAACUUCCCUGCUUACAAGCACAGGCAACCAUGGGUGAUAUGAUAGAUUUAUCAGGGGAUGGUGGUCUUCUGAAAACAAUUAUUAGGAAAGCCAAAAUUGAUGCACUUGCACCAUCAGAGAGCCUCCCUCUUGUUGAUGUUCAUUACGAAGGCACGCUUGCUGAAACUGGUGAAGUUUUUGAUUCAACGCAUGAAGAUAAUACUGUUUUCUCCUUUGAGAUCGGAAGUGGCACUGUCAUCAAGGCUUGGGAUAUAGCUCUAAGAACAAUGAAGGUUGGGGAGGUUGCAAAAAUAACUUGCAAACCAGACUAUGCCUAUGGAAGUGCUGGUUCGCCACCUGAUAUACCACCUAAUGCAACUCUUGUCUUUGAGGUGGAGUUGGUGGCAUGUAGGCCUCGGAAAGGUGCAAGCCUUAGUAGCGUCUCAGAUGAAAAAGCUAGGUUGCUGGAACUGAAAAAGCAGAGAGAGAUGAUUGCAGCUAGCAAGGAAGAAGAGAAAAAGAAGAGAGAAGAAGCAAAAGCUGCAGCAGCUGCUCGAAUACAGGCCAAGUUAGAAUCAAAGAAGCACCAGGGAAAAGGCAAAGGGAAAGCAAAAUAGUCGUUUAUGUUUCGCCCCUCGACAGUUCUUUGCUACAAUGGUAAAGUUGAAUUCGAAACCGAGACACUACUUACCUUGUCUCUGUAUAACUCAGAAAUAUGUGCCUUUGGGUGACUUCAUAUAAACAGAGAAAUUUCUGGUCAGCCGAAAAAUAAGAACAGCAAUGCGGUCGCCAUUCUUCUGAACGACGUUUUAUGUCCUCUGAACAAGCAUAGUUGCAUGUUGAUGUA